AUGCCACUAGAACCAGAGAUCUAGGACUAAGUUAGUCCACAGAUGUCGUCCAACAACUCCUGAGAAAUUCAAUAUAAUUCAAAUCUUAAUCUUCAACACUAGACAUUCGCUACUCCUUUAGCUGUGCCUUUAUGAACCACGUGGUCACAAGGCCAUAGUAGAAAAAAAGGAAAAGAGCUAGCAGCGAACUGGCAGCGUUCCAAUAAAAUACGUGUCUAACCUUAAAUUAAAUCAACUGUUUACCCUGUAGUACUACACAACAGCAAAAGGGACACGGAAAGGCCGAGAUGAGGCUGCCCACGCAAAAACUAAAGAAAGAAGAAAAUAUCCCCAAAAAAAAACCUCGUUGCCAAGAUAUUUUUUAAUAAAACAACAAAACAAAAUAUGAUUUCCCGGGGUAACAAACGAACAGUACCAAACCUCCUUGUGCGGCACACAAAUUAUGCAAAUUAUCAACGCACCAUCAAAUCUCACGGACACUGUUAGCUUCGGGGGGUUGUGUGUGGUUUCGUGAUCGCCACCAUACUACCAAGCGCAUUUAAAUGACUUGAAACAGGAGGACCUUUUGCAGUCUGAUGCCACAAGCUCGAUCAAGCGGUAGCUUAAAAUUCCCAUCCCACGAUCACAUACGCGCGCGCGUGGCAUUCGAACUGGAAACAAUUUAUGGCAGAAAGUUUAAUAUUAUACAACGCCUGGUUCACCCGGUUCCGGUACUCAACCGGACAAGCGGACGUUGAUUUGUUAACAUUAAUUUGCACAACAAAUAGGUAGAAACACCACAGAGAAACACACAAAAAAAGAGUAUCUCUGGUUCAAAGUUGGUGCGAUAAUCGGUACGUAAAAGGUUAUCAGCAAGAAACGUAACAAACGAUAAUCUUAAACUACACCGAAGCAAGUCUCCACAAUCUGUAGCUGUGUUCGGAAACAAUUUGAGUAGUGAGGUCGUAAAAUAGGGCAGAAGGCACCACAGCACAAAACCCAAAUGCCUAGAUUUAUCUUCCCUAAGUGAAGAAGAUAAAAGGUAGUCCCGUAAAAUGGUUCUUCCAUUAAAAGUAAUCGUACCCGCGGACGCACACACCAUCGACAGGUGGGAAACUGUUAAUCUCGCAACAUAAUUCCUAUCUUUCAGCAUUUUUUCUAUUUCCCAGGGUUGCUCCAGAAGGGAAGUAGCAUCAGUUCAGUUUCUUCUAGUUCUGCUUUUUGCCACAGUUUUCCCUUAAGUUCUUUAAAACUCACACACUACACACUUUAUGCACCGUUAAUUUAAUAUCUUCCAACAAAAAUCAGCUAACGCAUUAAUCGAAAGGUGGUUCUCCCCACAAAGGUAAUCUAAAUGCCUAAAGCUUACACGAACUGUUAAUGCACACUAUUACAACUGAUAGCAAUACAUUCACCAAAAACAGUCGUAUCUCCAAAAUUUUGUCUGUUUUUAGUUUUUAAAACCAUUUCACCCCUCUAUUCGUAGGGAGAGAGAGAAAGUGCAUGCAGCAAUUGCAUCCGCAUUUGAUGCCGAAGAAGUGCACUCUCCAUUCCGGUAAAUAAAAAGUAAAUAAAACCUGUUUAUGUUUCCAUUUUACUUACAUUUCUCUUCCAGCUAUCUUAAAAUCAACCCGAUUCGGAUGGCCAAUCAUUUACAAAUGACGCUUUCCAAAUGGGUAAUUUGUGAUACACGGGUCGCGCGCUACGUGACCGGGUUUCAUACGGACGGACUAACACGUCUCGGACACGAAUUGAUCACGUUCACGUGGUUCACGGGAAUUAACCGACCCGGCGUGCUAGGUUACCCGGGUUUGGAUAACGUUCGUGACCUCUUCAAACACCCACCCCUCUCCAAAAACACCGGGAAGGUCAUACAAGAUGCAUGAACGUGAUCUUCAUCCAUAAGGGCGGACGUUAGACGAUCGUAUAUAUAAUGGGGUUGUCGGAUCGGAACGGAGACAUCGAACAAGUGAAGGAACAAAACCUGUACUAAAAUGUGCACUAAACGUACCAUCGGUCUAAUUGGGUUGAUGUGGUUGGCAUGUGUAAUGUCGAACGUUGAAGCGAAUCCUACUCCGAAUUGUACCGUCACAACCUUUGACGAAGCUCUUCAGGAAUGUGCCAUACAGCUUGGAAUACCCUCGAUUCGGCUGGAGAAGGAAUACAAGCUCCUUCUCUACCCAGCCGACCGCGAUAGUAUGUGUUUGGUGCGAUGUAUGGGUGUUCUGUUGCGCUUUUGGAAUGAUACUACAGGAAUAAGGGAAGCAACGAUUCGUCAGUACUAUCAACCGGCACCGGAAGAUCAUUGCUAUCAGAACCGUACCCGUAUCUGUCUGGAUGCGUUGGAACCUAGCGUGACGGAUGUUUGUGAACGAGCACAUCGUUCGUUUCUGUGCUAUCACCAGCAGUACGGAUAUCUGAAGAAGGACGACCGUUACAUACCCAAGACGGCACUCGAGAUGAAGCAGAUCCAGCAGGAUUGUUUGGAUAUGUUUGGACUCUCACCGCACAGGUUGGACCAGUACCAAGAUGGACACUUUCCGGAUGAUCCCGAAACGCAAUGUUUUGUACGGUGCGUUGGAUUGAAGACGGGACUGUACACCGAUCAGCAUGGACCGAAUGUAGAACGGUUGUACAUCCAGUGUGACUCCUGUGCCGAUGAGACUGUAUUUCGUGAACGUGCGAGUGAGUGUAUUGCGGCACAAAGACGACACAAGCUGAGCAAAUGUACGGCUGCCUAUCGGACACUGUACCAAUGUUUCCGAGACGAUCAACUUGAUCUGUAUGCGAGCAUCACAACAACGAAGGUCCCAACUACUAAGGGUCCUACUAAAACUACCACCAACAGUGGUCCGAAUGUGAUACCGGCCCUAUCUGUAAGGGAAACUGGUGAAUCACACCUACAUCUAAUACCUCCACAGAUUCAGAUCAUUCUAAAGACUCUUUACAAUGGAAAGUUUUGAUUUUAAAGUAUUUAAUUGUGCUGAAAAAAUUAUAUUUUUUUAUUUAUAAAAUACUCUCAAAUUUACACAAAAUUUGGAGCAUGAUUUUAUAGAACAAACUCUCUCAAUAAAUUUGUAUUUUAGAUUAUUUAUUGAUAGUGUUAGUGAAAAAAAAAUUUGUCCACUUUUGAGUAAUAAACGUCUUCUCCAACAUAUCUCCUCUUGAGGUAGUAUAUUUUUUUUUAAUUUACAAAAUAAAAACCCAUGGGAAGAUCGGACCGAAAAUGGAAAGUGGAUGAGAACAUUUAAACCAUACCAUUUUCCACAUCACAACCCCAAUUAAGACACCCUCACCCACCCUCUCCCCCUCCGGCUCUUGAUCAAACACCAAAGCUUUAACUCAUCUCCCAAAAAAAAAGGAAAAUUCCAUUUUUCCCACCAUUUUCCACCCCGCGGUUCGCGGUUCGGCAGCUUGGCGUCCAAGCGAGUCGUGUUGCCUGUUUCGUGCGCCACCUUGCGCGCGCGAGAGAUGUAGUAGCCCUCCAUCGUCCGUAAUUAAAGAGCGGUGAACGGCGAAUUGCGAAUUUUGAAACCAACCCGAGCACGGAAAGUUUCCCAAAAAAGGUGAAACAAAACAAAACAAAACCAAAAAAAAAUAAUAACAACUAUCGCGUUUCGUUCGUUCGUGAUCGAUCACGUGUUGAUAAGUUUGGUGUGAUGAAACUAUGUUUUGGUUUCUUAUUUUAAACAUUUUUUGGACUUAGGAUAGAUUUUUAGCUUGGCAUCGCCAUGGAGUGAUAUUAUUAUUAUUAUUUAAUGGUUUUGUUUGCCAAGCAAAUCGUUUCAAUUGGGUUGUUGAGAUAAGACACGGUAGCAAGUGCAUACAAAUCCCGGCAGCUUAGAUAACAGAGCCGUGAUUGCGCUUACUGGUAGAUAAGAAAAGCGCUAGUAAAAAUGUCAACCCGCAUUAUACGUACAAUUGCUUCUUAAGGGCUUAUCGGCAAGAGAUAACGAACCGUUUUUUGUGUUACUUUUGGUUAAACAAUUGUCGGUUAAACAAUUGUCGUAUCCGCAAAAGGACCGUUUGGAGACAUUUUUUUAAAAUUACGAUUUUA